CAGCCUCCUGGAGAGCAGCAGAGCAGCAGGCUGUCUGCGCUAUGGCCGCUGAACUGCAUUUCUCGCCCCGUGAGAUCCCUGAGCCCACGCUGAUGGAGAACGUGCUGCACUCCGGCCUCUUCUUUGGAGCUGUUUUCCAGCUUGUGUGCGUGCUGGCCAUAACCCUGCCAGUUCCCAAGUGCCCAGAGACAGACUGGGACGGCUUGGAGUCUAAGACUUGGGAGACGGUGAAGAAACCAAAGGCAAGUGCUGCACAGCUAAGCAAGAAAGCCAAGAAGGAAAGCAAAAAGAAACGGUGAGGGCUUGAGCGCUAAGCCUCAAAGGCCAAAGGAAGCAGCGGGAAUGCUUGCUGAGAGGUGCUCCAAAGGCAGCGCACUGUACGUCUGGUUUUGUGGCGUGGCCGUGCUUUCCCUUGCCCGGACAUUGGAGAGGAACUGAGGAAGCUGGAAGGGCUUCUGAUGCGUGACAAACAAAUCGGACUUUGCCUGUGCGGGAUUUCAUGUGUGGCAAGAGCUGGGGACGCUGCAUUCCUUCAGGGUCCUUCAGCUCGAUAGCUGUUUCAGAAUGUUGAUGAUGAGGUGAACUUACCGCAUGUGGUUGGUCAUGAGCGGUAUCCAGGCUAUUUUAUUUUCUGUUGACAUAUCUACAAAAGGCAACCCAAAUCCCUUUGUUUAAAAUAAAAGGGAAAGCAACCUUUUACACCUGGUGCUGCCUCUUUCAGUAGCUGGUCCAAACAUGCCUGGCUUGGGCUGGCAGUGGCAGGGCGAUGAACCGGCCGGCUUCACGUCCCUCUGUGGAGAUGGAGCUGCUUUUCCCGCGUUUCCAUGUUGGUCUUGCCAAGUGGUGGCCUUUCAGCCAAAGCGUAAGUGCUAGCGAAGCGUGUGAGCAUCAGCUUGCUCUGUGAGGCCCGAGAGCAACAAAAGGAGAGGAAGCAGCGCGCAAGGAAGCAAGGUGUCCCUGCACUCAGCCCCUUGAGCUUGUCUCUCCAGCUUGCCUGGUGGCUUUUUCAGCCUUGUGUAGCACUGACUGUUCCUGCUUGCCCUGGGAAGGCCAGCUGCAGCUGCGGGCAGCCGUGGCCUGCACGUCAGGCUCCCGUUGAGCCGCGAGGAGUUCAAGUGCGGGUGGGCUGGUGUGAAGAGCAGCGCUGGGAGUGGGGCAGGAGGAGAGGGCAGCGGGAGGGCUGCAGGUGAGCGCGCCUCGGGCCCAGAGCUCAGGCGUGAGCUGGGAGGGCAGCGAGCCGUGCUGCGCUGCUUCAGCUGCAAUGGCUUUGAGCGCGUCAUGGGCAGCGCCGCGUGUUGAGCGUCUGGGUGCUGCGAGGGCACCUUGCUGAGCCGGAGCCCGAGAGAGGAGAGGAGAGGAGAGGAGAGCAGAGGAGAGGCUGCACGUCAAGAGUGUCUGCCUGCCAUUUUGGCUUGGCGCGUCGGCGUCUUCCUCCUUCCACGAAGGAGCCUGCACGGUGCACUGGGUCCAGCGUGCUACACGGCACUGCCUUCUGCUGCCUGCCUGCCUGCCCGCCUGCCUGCCUACUGCCCUGCUGGAGGGGAAAGAGCGGAUUGUCGGGCUGCGUGCAGCCAAGGAGCUGGCUGCCAAGGAGGGAAACGGAGUAUUGAGGAGCGGUUAGUGCGUGUUAGGUUUGGGUGUGGAUGCAGCGGGGGCUGAGUCACCUCCAUCAGCUGGUGGGGGCUGGGGCCGAGCCCGGUGCGUGGGGCUGCGCUGUGGGCAGGAGGGCUGCGGGGCUGGGGCAGUGGUGUGGGUGCAGCACAUGGGGUCGUGAGA